AUGGCUAGGAGUUUGGUCACGGCAGACACUCUUAUCUGGAGCCAUUUCUCCAAUGACCAAGUCGUGACUCAAGAUGUUUUCAUCUCACAGCCAAUUAGCACUGCUAGUUUCUUCCAGGAUGUGAAAAUCACAACCUACAUUAAUGCGGGCUACUUUCGUAUUAAUGCUUACUGGGUUUUCUCUGCCCUCUUUGGCGCUGUCUGGUUCUCCGGCCUUUGA